AGAGCAAUAACUUGAUAGCCUACGUCCCUACACACAUUUCUGAUUGAGCUUUAUACUCAGAAAUCGUGCAAAAGAAGGAUAUAAUAUAUCACAGACAGAGGAAGAAGAUAACAGACUUUGGUUUUGAUAUGGCUAUGACUAAACCUCAUUGGCAAGCAGAGAAAGAAGAAAUCAUAAAGCAGGAUGAGCAGGGAGAUAACUACCGUAUCAAACCACGAGGACUUAAUAUUGUAUGGGGCAAUGAUGAACGCUACUGGAAAAUACCAGCCAAAAGGACUGAGGAUCCUGCAGAGCUGGUACAGGUCUCAUGGCUGGAAGUAACAGGCUCAGUUGAUGAGUUGAAACCCGGGAAGGGCUAUGAUCUGACCUUCGAGGUGGGGCUGGCAGGAGAUGCAUUUGGUUGGAAAGACAUACAAGUGUUCUUGAUGGCAAAGGUAGGGAAAAAGGGAAGGUACAAAUGGACAAGAGUUAAACUCGAUCAGGAUAGGACUAACGAGAGAGUUACAAUUCCUUAUAACCAGAAGCUUAGCAUUGAUGUUCCAGCUGGUACAAGGGACACCACCCUUCAUUUUGGUCUGUAUGAAGUGUGGAGUGGGAAAUGGAAGGGAGGCUUGAAGAUUUAUAAUGCAAAAGUAACUGCGAGUCCUUGAACCUGUCUGAAAUCAGCAGUCUUUUCUAUCAUAUACAUGUGUGACUAUUUUCUACUUUGGGUUUUAUAUACGGAAUUAUGAUUUCCAGGUAAAUUCAGCUGGUGAAUAUAAAUUUCUAAUUUUUUAGUUACCAGAUGACCUGGAGAACAUUUGCGUUUAUGUACGUGAUUACUUCUUUAAUAAUGAUGAGAAUAGUCUGA